ACCGGAACGUAAAUGCAGCUCUGCUUCCCCUACUACUACUGAAUUGAAGGGGAAGAGAUAUAUUAACUUGUGCGUUUGCCGACAAUUUUAGUUUUUCUUGCAUCAUGGCAGAAAAGGACGUGGAAAGCUUGAGAAGUUUCCUUCAAAGAUUCAGCUUGGGUGAGGGCAGUGAUGCCCAAGAAGAAAAGCCUAAACCAGAACAACUGCUGAAAGAACUCACUCUUCAGGGUGUUGCGGACUUUAUCAAAGAAGGAAAAUGUAAAAAGGUGAUUGUCAUGAGUGGAGCUGGAAUAUCCACAUCUGCUGGAAUUCCAGAUUUCAGAAGUCCAGGUACUGGUUUGUAUGACAACCUGCAGAAAUACAACUUACCAAAUCCACAAGCCAUCUUUGAAAUUGGUUUCUUCAGGGAGAAUCCAGAACCUUUCUUUACCCUGAGUAAAGAGUUGUUUCCAGGAGCAUUCUUCCCAACCCCAAGCCACUUCUUCAUCCGUUUGCUUCAUGAAAAGGGAAUCUUGCUAAGACACUACACUCAGAACAUUGAUACCCUAGACCGAAUAGCAGGUGUACCAGAUGAAAAGAUCAUGGAGGCCCAUGGAUCCUAUCACACCGGUCACUGCUUGAACUGUAAUGAGGAGUACACAGAAGAGUUAAUGAGAGAAAAAAUCAUGGCUGAUUUAAUUCCAAAAUGUGCAAAAUGUGAUGAAGGAGGAGUCAUCAAACCAGAUGUGGUAUUCUUUGGUGAAUCACUUCCUCAUCUUUUCCCUCGUUUGGUGUCUGAGGACUUUCCACAAUGUGAUCUCCUUAUCGUGAUGGGUACUUCACUUGUCGUCCAGCCUUUUGCAUCCUUGGUUGAUAAAGUGCCAGAAACCACUCCAAGAUUACUGAUCAACAUGGAGAAAACUGGACAGGUUGAUCCAAUGAUGAUGAUGUUUGGUUUUUCAUCGGGUAUGGACUUUGACUCCGAUGACAAGUAUAGAGAUGUAGCCUACAUCGGCCCAAGCGAUGAAGGAUGUGAGAAACUUGCUGAUCUCGUCGGUUGGAAGAAAGAUUUUGCAGCUCUUGUCAAAGAGGGUGAAGCACAAAAACAGAAAAAACAAGGCAAAUCUGUCAAGAAAAACAAUGACCCUGCAUCGUCUUCAACAGCCAAAACUCCUUCGGCAGCAAAAGAUAAAACCCCUAAAACAUCAUCUCCAUCUAAGAAGUCUUUGGCAUCACCAACAAGUGAACAGAAACCCAAAACAUCAUCUCCAUCUAAGAAGUCUUCGGCAUCACCAACAAAGGACCAGAAACCCAAAACUGCAUCUCCCUCAAAGAAGUCUCCUGCAUCACCAACAAGUGACCAGAAACCCAAAACUGCAUCUCCAAACAAAAAAUCUUCUGCUUCUCCAACCAAGGAUAACAAAUCAAAAGCAUCUCCUACAAAGAAAAGUCCUGUAUCUCCUUCAAAGGACACAAAACCCAGCUCCAAGAAGGAUUGAUGAUCAAGAGACAUCAUAAAAACAACUGAAGAAAUGGCAGCUUUUGAAGUUCCAUUUUUUUUUAAGAUAUAGAUGUCUGAAUUAUUGAGGAAAGUGGAAUUUUGAGGAUUUUUUUUAUACCAAUCAAGUUGUUGCUAGAAGAAAUUUGUCACUUAUUUGAUAUUCUCAUAUUAAGUUAAAGGAAUAUUCAACAUUUGUCAUGAUUUGGGUAAAAGGAGAAAGAUGAGAAAAAAAAGAGAAUGGUGAAAGUUUGAAAAAGGAUAGGAAAAAUAGGAUUACUAAGACUGUGUAACUCUUAAAUUGGCAAUAUGGUGAAGAAAUUAAUCGAAGUGGUGGCGAAACUACUCUUCAUGUAUUUUUUAUUCUUCUUUGGCGAUAAAGUAUACUUGGAUAGGAUAUUCUUCUAUGUUCUCAUGAAAUAAGAAUAUUCAGAGAUUUUUUUUAAAAAGAUGAUGUUUUAGUCAUUUUGUGUAUUGGAGCAAAGGCAGGAGUUGUCCUUGCUGUAGAUCAUAAUGACCUGUGCAGCUAAUUUGAAGCCACAUACUUCAGGUAUAGAGAUCAGGACUCUUUGAAACCUUUUAAAAUUUCAAUCUCUCUUUGAUUUGUUUCAACAUUUAAAUUUUUUCAAUUUUUUUUCAAUUU